AUGACAGACGACGGCAAACGGCGCUUCAGCACACUCGAAUACCCAGUCAAAUGGGCAGAUCGUGUAUUCUCCUCCAGAGCGACCACAGAAGCCCUCCUUGCCCCAGAGAGAGAGGCUGGAAAUCUCACCAGCCACGACUAUGAUGCAAUCCUCAACUUCCAUUCUGGCGGUUUCGUCCGCCGCAACCUUCCCCUCGUCUUAUUCCUUGCAAGUAGCACAGGUGCUGCCCUUACGAUCAAGCGGCCAAAAUGGUCUCCUCUGCAACGGAACCUCGUCGUGCUCAGCUUUGGUGCUGGAGGAUGGGUCUUCGGUGCUGUAAACAGGAUCACUUCAUACUCGAAAUUUCUGGGAAGUAUAGAAAAUCCUGCCGGAUUCAAGAAAGCGCUGCAUAAUAUACAGAAUCAAGUCGGGGUGCCUUUGACCGGGCCUGUUCUUGUGCGCCCUUACCAGCCUUCACCGGACGAGAUUGAAGAGCAAGACUCCACGACCGGAAAGCUCAACAAUUAUUCUUCCUUCUUCAAGUCCUUCACCCCGGCCAAAUCCAGCACCGACGCCGACCAAUAA